AAGGGCGGGCCGGGCCAGGGGCUGGACGCCGUUCGCCCUCUCAGCCUGAGUGUUUGUGCAGCCAGCUGCAGGGCUCGCCGAGCCUCGGCCUUCUCUCCUCUUUUCCGACAGCUUCUGGUGGCCCACCUGGACGUGGCGGUGCUCGGGUCACUCUGCCCAGGCGAGCCCAGGGCCCUAAACAGGUUUUUGCUAACAGCUGCGAGGAGACAAUUUGCUGAAUUCCUGUCCCACUCAGUGGGGAUUUCUGGACCUUGUGCAUUUCUGAGAGGGUCUGUGGACACCUCUAGGUGCCAGCCUGGUGGAGGUACACCUGUAAGCCAUCUGCAGGAACUCUUGCCACAGGUGUAAAAGACUCCCGCACUGCAAAGAUGCUGAGACAGAUACUGUCAGAGAUGUACAUAGAUCCUGACCUCCUGGCUGAGCUCAGCGAAGAGCAGAAACAGAUCCUGUUCUUCAAGAUGAGGGAGGAACAGAUCCGACGAUGGAAAGAAAGAGAAGCAGCCAUGGAAAGAAAGGAGUCCUUGCCAGUGAAAUCCAGACCAAAGAAAGAGAAUGGCAAAUCUGUCCACUGGAAACUGGGAGCGGACAAGGAAGUGUGGGUCUGGGUGAUGGGCGAACACCAUCUGGAUAAGCCCUACGAUGUGCUCUGCAGUGAGAUCACUGCUGAGAGGGAGCGGCUGAGAACCGAGCAGGAAGCUGAGGAGCUCAGAAAAACUCAGUCUGAAGAAUUCACCAAUAACUUGAAAACAAAAUCACAGUGCUCUGAUCCGCAAACACCAAAUAACUGGAAAACACAGAAUGCCUGCAAGAAAGUGGCAGAAGAGGAAGAAGUGAGGCAAGAAUCCAGAUCAGCACGCAUCCUGGAAGAAAAGAAAACCCAGUCAUCCUGCAGUUCAUCAAGAAAUAUUCAACAAAUGUUGGCAGAUUCUAUCAAUCGUAUGAAGGCAUAUGGAUUCUACCAGAAGAAAGAAUUGGUAAAGGAAAAACAAGACGAAGAAAUAAAACAAGUGGAGGAAGACAAAACCAAGCAGAUUUAUAAGAACUGGAAAGAAGAUUCCGAGUGGCAGGCCUCCCUGAGAAAAUCCAAAGCAGCUGAUGAGAAGAGACGCUCCUUGGCUAAACAGGCGCGGGAAGACUACAAGAGGUUAUCCCUGGCAGCCCAGAGAGGAAGAAGCGGUGAGGGACUGAGUGUUCCUCAGAAACCCAGAAGGCCUCCCCUUCCACCCAAGCCUCAGUUCCUACCCCCAGCGGGACACCCCCCAAAGCCUCUUGGCAAUCAGGGCGUGACCAGGACGGCCUCCAGCUCGGCCCAGGAGGACAUCAUCCGGUGGUUCAAGGAGGAGCAGCUGCCCUGCCGAGCAGGCUACCAGAAAACCUCAGACAGCAUCGCCCCCUGGUUCCAUGGAAUUCUCACACUAAAGAAAGCCAACGAACUCCUGAGCACAGGCCUGCCCGGCACUUUUCUGAUCCGAGUGAGCGAGAAGAUGAAGGGCUAUGCCUUGUCCUACCUGUCGGAGGAGGGCUGCAAACACUUCCUGAUAGAUGCCUCUGCCGACUCCUACAGCUUCCUGGGUGUGGACCAGCUGCAGCAUGCCACCCUGGCAGAUUUGGUGGAAUAUCACAAGGAGGAGCCCAUAACUUCCCUGGGGAAAGAACUGCUGCUCUACCCUUGUGGGCAGCAGGAACAGCCACCUGACUACCUGGAGCUCUUUGAGUGACACUGUCCAUCUAGGUUAUCCUACAGUCUCUGACUGGGCUUUCCUGAACAGACACACUGAAACAGACAUUUGUGUGUGAAGCCAACCCCGCAGCAGAGCCAAUACCGAUCAAUGGAACAUGUCCCCAGAGUCCUUGUUGAAAUCUCUCUUCUGCACAAAUGCUGGAGUUUAAUGUCAAGGGAAAAAUAUCUCUGCCUUAUCUGCACUCUAAAAGGAACAGAAGAUGACGUACCAUGAAGGAUAUGAUGUCCACGUCUGUCAGAUGAAGUGAACAAAGAAGAAACUGAAACCUUUUAGGAAUUAAGGUGUACUUCAAAAAACAGUAGCUCCUAUGAACUAUUUUGUGACAUCUACAUUCUCUCUUUGUAUAAUCUCAAAAGAUCUCAGGGUCUUGUUUAAUGAAGUUCCAUCUUAGCUUUGGAAUGCUGGCCAAAAAGUCCUUACUGAUGGCUGAGAAGACAGUCAAAACACAUCUCCUUACCAUGCAUGUUGGAGACUGAAUGUAAGAGACAGAAAAAUAGGAAUUAUGAGUGUAAAUUGAAUAGGAAAAUUUAAAAUGUAGGAUGAGAGACUUAGCAUGUAUAAAAUACAUCUGGACUAUAGGAAAGUGAGCAAAUUUCUGUGAGUUUGUUUCUGUAUUCUGGGGACAAGGGACAGCACUUGCUCUGCCUGCUUUGGCUCCGAGAGUGCACUAGAAAGAAUGAAGCACAGUCACAUCUAAGUUGUCAUCUAUUGAUGGUGCACAGACAAGAACAGAACACGUGAGCUACUUGGAUACUACUUGAGGAUACUACUCCUUCUAGGUUAAAAGAGAAAAAAUUCAAGACGUAAAUUUUUACAGUUGCCACCUUCCAUAAAGGACUCUUUCCUAAUGAACUUGAGUUGGAACAUUUGGCCUUCACACAUAGCUAUAUUGGGGCUUCUGCCAUUUGGUGCAGGGAAGACACAAAAAUUAUUUUGGGUUAUGUUGGUAUAUAUAGCCAGGGGUCUCUAUACUUUCAUUUUUGUCAAGUACACAGUAAAUGCUUUCAUUGCAGGCUGCAAUGCACAUGUCUUUCUUAGAACACAAGUUUUCCACAAUUGUAUCUUUUUUUACAAUUGUAUCUUUAAACAACACUUCUGUUUGAAUUGUGUUGUUCUCUUCCUUAGGAGUAGCUAUAAGUCUUACUUAGAUUUCUCUUCUUUGCCUUCUGUUUUUGUGACUACUCCUCAUUGUUUUUAUCUGUCUCUUCUUUCUGGUGCGUUUUAGGGGAGCUGAUUAUCUGUCCUUUCUACGUGAGAGACUGAUUUUUCUGCAGUGUUAAUUCUGCUGUGUACUGCAUCCAGUGUGGAUGUUAGUACCAGGACUACAUUUCCUGGUUCCUUGCUAUCCUUCCCUCUCUCCCUAUGCAGGGAUCUUUAGACUUUAUACCACUGCCCUAGAUUGAGAACUAUCAAGAGGCUGAAAUGAUCAAAGUAUUCUCAUUUUAAUGUAUGAUAUAACAUUAGAGAGACCCCAGCAGAAUUGGGUUUGGCUCCUGCCUAUACCAUUAACUAACUGUGUGGAAUCUUAAAGCAGAAAAUUUACUAAGUCUGGACUUCAGCUUCUUCAUUUAUAAAAUAGAUGUUACUAAAGCCACUAGGGUUCUGAGAAUUAGAAAAAAAAAUAUGCUAUGUGCCUGGCAGAGAGAAAUUGCUGCAUAAAUGGCAGUUAUUCCCAGUGAAUUGUGGAUUCAACAAAGCCAGCGUCCAUGUGCUCCUGGCCUCCCCUACAUUAGCUCAGUUUAUACCACCAGUGGGCUCUGUAUCCUACCAUUUCCUGGAGUUUCUAGGGUGAUAUUAAAGGGGAGAGGGAAACUUAAAGUGUAAGGGAUGUCCUGAUGAUCUAUAGAAGACCUUAGCUAGUCGAUCUGCAGAGAAUGGCUCAUGCAGUUUGCAUCUGAAGUGGCAGGGAGGUGGGGGUGUUUUCUUUCUUUUUUAAAAAUUUUGUACCAGAGAUUGAACUCAGGGGCACUCGGCCACUGAGCCACCUCCCCAGCCCUCUUUUGUAUUUUAUUUAGAGACAGGGUCUCACUGAGUUGCUUAGUGCCUCACUUUUGCUGAGGCUGGCUUUGAACCUGUGAUCCUCCUGUCUCAGCCUCCCCAGAGGCUGGGAUUACAGGUGUGAGCUGCUGGCCCAGCAGAAGGGUCGUUUUCUAAUGGUUUUUGACAAGGCCCAAGUUAGCAGGGACCAGUGUUCAUCCCCAAAUUGGCCAUUAACAAACUGACUCAGUUGCCCAGGGAUUCCUGAUCACAAACCCCCGAGUGUCUGUCUUCUUUUUGAGCAGGAGGCAUUACUUUGGGACUUAUUCUUCCUGUCUUCCCACAGUUCAGGCAGUACCAGGGCUAAGUCUAGUGACCAGAAAUGGGGCAAGCCCCAUCACCUGUGUCUGUCAGAAACAGCUGCAGCUUUUCUUCAGUUGAAAGGACGUUCCUUUAGGUGGUCUUCCCCCCUCUUGAGUUAAGAUCCCAGUAACGCUCCCCAGCUCUGAGCCUCAAGAACCAGGCAAAAUGGCCAAUGUCUUUUCUUUGGGGGGCUAUCCUCAUCAUGUGGCCACAGGCCACUCCUACGAUUGCUGACAGCCCCACAUGCUAAGGGUGGAGUUUUACACAGUUCUGUUUGAGGCUUGUAACUAGAAGAAAGAAAUAGUUGUUAAAUAAAACUUUCCUUCAGUUUUUGGA